CCAUUGCUUGAAUAAUACGCACCAUUUUCACCUAUAUGUAUGCCACCCUUGGUUCUUCACUCUCCUUGUGUAUCUCUCCAGAUAUAUAGAAGCUGACGUUCUUGUAAUCCCGAUACGCCAAGAUCAAUGAAUUCACAUGAUCAUCGGCAAAUGUGUACUGUUCAAGGGGACGCUGGACUCGUCCUCACCACUGAUCCAAAGCCUCGUCUCCGAUGGACUGCUGAGCUUCAUGAGCGAUUUGUCGAUGCUGUCGCCCAGCUUGGAGGACCAGAUAAAGCUACGCCAAAGACGAUCAUGAAAGUUAUGGGUGUUAAGGGUCUCACUCUUUACCAUCUUAAGAGCCACCUUCAGAAAUUCAGGCUCGGGAAGCAACCGCAUAAGGAUUUGAAUGAUCAGGCUGUUGGGGAUGCUUCGGCAUUAGAAUUUCAGAGGGAUGCUGCUGCAACUUCCAGGACAAUAAUGGGUCUACGCUUGAAUAAGAACAUAAACCAGACUGAAGCUCUUAAAACGCAAAUGGAAGUGCGAAGGAGACUGAAUGAGCAGUUAGAGGUACAGAAACACCUCCAGAUGAGGAUCGACGCACAAGGAAAAUAUAUGCGGACAAUACUGGAGAAAGCAUGCCGAACACUCUCCGAGGAAAAUCAUGUGAACUGUCAAGGUGGUUACAAGCUCGACGUUGUUGGUCAAGGAUAUGGGGACACGAUGAGCAACACGAGAGAUUUUGGUUCCUUGGUGAACAUGCCAUCUCUAGAAGAGUUGCAUGUAAAUGAACAUCACAUUAACUCUCGUACUGGUGGAUUUCAGCUACAAGAAAUGGGAAUUUCAGCAGCACAUUUUGAUCACUUGGAAGGGGAUGCGUGUCAGCUCCAAAUGGCUCCUUUGACUACUACUGAUCAUGGCAACUCAACUAUGAAUUUCAUGCCCAGAAGUUGAUGAUAGAAAAUUAAUGUUCGAUCUAUUUAUAGUUAUCGACUCAAUUUAUGACAAAAGAAAGUACGCGCGGGACAGUAAUUCUCAAAAGCUUUAAAUUAAGCCUCUUGUAGAAACUGUUGCUUUUACUGGACCAAAUUAUAAAUUAGGUAGAU